UUUCGAAAGAUGGGAAGACGUCGAUAGGGACCCCAGGCGAGAUUAGCUGCACUGCGCAGCUCUAGACUACACGUACGAGAAUGCCAACGGUCGGUAGAUGUCAGUUCACUGUUCGAACAUUUUCCGUACUGUUUGUGCCUUGCAGACUUGCUAAGAUGGGCCAUCCCGUGUAUUGGCAUCAAGGAAAGGGCAAAACAGUAGGCAAUCCGACGAGGAACCCGAAUGUCUUGACUUAUGCAGCAAAUCGAGAUAUUUGUGUGUUUCCGGUGCACUCUGUCGGCACACGGGCAAGUGUCAUUGCGAGGCGGUGUUCCCGGGCAUGAAGUGCAACAAAGACGAGAUGAUGGUGACAAUCCAUGCUCCCAAACGACUGGAACGUGGAGAGACCGUCACCAUGCGCUGCCAUGUCAACUUGCCGUCCAUCGACAUCACGGUGCUUUGGCGAAAGGUCAGCGGUACGGAGAUGCUCCCGGAGGGCCGGACUGUCCUACUGGACCAACCUGAGUCAGGAGACUACGAUCUAACUAUAGAGAAGGUUCAGGACAAUGACACAGGGUCUUACGUGUGCGUCGCCACCACCGUCAUAGGGCAGAUCGGCACAUCGAAGAUGGACAGUACCUAUCUUCACGUUGUAGUUCCAAAUACCGUAACACCCAAACAGCCACGCAAGGUUUCUGAAGGAAAUGACCAGGGGGUUUCGCCCACGAAAAAAGGUUUGAUCUUUGCGGUAGCCGCUCUCGGCGUCUGCUUCGUGUGCUUACUGGCUGCCGUCAUCAUUGUCAAGGUUCGUCAAGAAUCUGCCUUUCGACACACUCGACGUCCCAGUGAUAUGCUGAUGUGAGUGCCAAUUGAGUGUCUGGACUCGGAUUUCGUUCUGCAUCUUGCUCACUCACGGUUCAGUUGCUUCUACGAAUUUGAUCCAAACCCAGUCUUGGUUCAUUGGAAAAGUUGUAGUUUAUAAGUACAGGUACAUGUAUAGUGGAUAUUAACUGAAAAGAGGGAGGGUGGGGUGCCGGCAUGUGCACUUUUCUGCCUGGAAUCACGGUCGUUA